AUGUCAAUCUCGGGUGUUCAUGGCGAAUUCGAGUCGUUCCCGCGCUUCAUCGACGAAGCCGAUCCGGAAACUGAAACGACCUUGACCGCCAAACUCAAGCGAUGGAUAGUCGGCACCAGUACCAGUACAUCCACUCAAGCGGGGGGUCAAUCGAAUACUUCUUCCUCCACUGCGACGACUAUCCCACCUGUGGCUAGUACGAGUUAUUCAUCCGCCGUGGGCAACGAAGCGUUGAGGUUGUCAACCUCGAACGCGACCGUCGCUUCGUCACAUCAUCAUCGUCGCAACAACUCCACCGGUUCCACAGACCACCUCUUUCAAUCAACCUCUUCGACCCAAAGUAACCUCGAUGCGACCUCCCCUUCCACCCCACCUUGGAAAGCCCCCACUACUACUAGCGGCGCAGGCGCACUCGCCGAUUUGUUGGCGAGAACUCCAUCGGUCAGAGUCACGGCGGCCAAUACCGAGACAACCCGAUCGGCCAAGAGACCUGUCAAUGGGUCGAAGUUGUACCCCGCUUCGAACAAGACAUGGUUCGGUGGGAGUGGAUCGACGGCCGGAUCGAGUCGACCUUCUUCGACGACGAUGGCCCAUGGGUCAUCGACUCGCAGUUCCAUCAGUGAGGCGUUGGGAGCGACGACCCUGCUCAAUCUAUCGACGAGCAUUCCAGGCUUCCCAUUGGCGAGGGAGAUGGCCGAUGAUUCAAUGAGCGUAGCCAGUUUGAGUACGGUCGCGAGACCGUCGGCAAGUGUAGCUCAUGCGAUUCGAAAGUUGAGAGGCGAGGUCAGUCCACCCGUGUUGCAGCAGCUCGGUACAGCGUCAACGCCCGAGGCUGAUGCAACGAUCGACAGGGACUCUCCAAGGACUAUUGGAUCAAGGACGAAUCGUCGAAAGAAUGCUUCGAUUGUGAAACCGUUUUCUCCGCCUUUCGUCGCAAACACCAUUGUCGCAUCUGUGGACAGAUUUUCUGUUCACGUUGCGCGAGCAACAUCAUCUCGUCGGCCAGGUUCGGACAACAGGGUUACGUCAGGGUCUGUAACCUCUGUUUGUCCGUUUUGGAACAUGGUGGGGAUCCGGCACAACGGUCUUCAGCGACGACGAGUGGUGCGAUCCAAGAUCCGAAUUCGUUGACGACGACGACUUCGAGGCCCGGUCUUCCAAACGGACCGUACCUCAUUUCGGGACCGUUGGAAGCCAGUGCCCAACCACCUCAAAGUCAAUUCGCGGCUAGUCAACUCUUCCCGAGGAGUGAGACGCCUUUCAAUAACCCCAGCGAUUUCGAUUUCGGCCCGAGGACUUUGGACGCUCAUUCGGAUACGUCCAGUCGGCCGCGAACACCUUAUACCGAUGGUGGGGAGGAGGCGAAUGAGAUGCGCGACACACGGGAUGAGGAGGAAGUCCCUGAUGAGGACGACGACGACGAUGGGGAUAGCAAGAAUCCGAAGCGAUUGAUAUCGAUCGGCCCCUUCGGUCGACUCCUACGAAGGAAAUCAAGUCGGGUCGUCGCAGCGGCUUCAAUGGCCAUCGCUCCUUUCAGGAGAAGUUUGGCAGAGGACGUCGAUGCUCCGAUUCCAAUAUCUACGGAUGGGACGCCGACGCAGACGAAGACUGCGCAGGAGGAGAGGAAUGGGAAAGCGGGCCCGGAUGUCGCGGUUUCGCUCUUGUCGGCGUUGGGCGAUCAGAGAGCGACGGCACACGCGGUGGCGUUCGAUCCGACGUUGACGACGAUUUCACCGAAUCCUGAGCUCGAGGAGCACGCCAGUCCCGGUGAAGAGGUCGUCGGGAAUGGCGCAGCUGAUGAAGACGAAGACGAUCACGAAUCAUUGGAACCGAUCACGCCUCAUUCCCGGCACUCCUCGCAUCGCAGUCAAUUCGACGCUUACCGCGCCGGCGCGACCAGGGAGCUUCCCUUACUCCUCGCGACACCGACCUUGAGUACAGCUGCAGGCACCUUCACCCUCUUGGACGAUUCGCAGUUUUCGACCGAGCCACCUCAGGACAUCGGCAUCACGGAUGCGGUCCUUCGUCAUACGCACAAGAUGUUGCGGCAGAUGCUCGUGAGCGCAAAGAUCCCUCGGCCGGAAGUAUGGGAGGACGUCCUCGUACCUCUUCUCGUUCAGGUCGCGCAACAUACCGUUCCUGAUUUGACGGGAGGGGAUGAUCUCGAUGUGCGCAACUACGUUCGCAUCAAGAAGAUCCCAGGGGGUCGACCUCGCGAUUCGGAAUACGUCGAUGGCGUCGUCUUCACCAAGAACGUCUUGCACAAAAAGAUGGCGAGGAAAUUGGACCAUCCUCGGGUGAUGCUCUUUUCGUUUCCGUUGGAAUACCAAAGGAUCGAGAACCAACUCGUUUCGAUCGAUCCGCUCAUUCACCAAGAGAAGGAAUACCUCCACCAUCUCGUGCAACGCGUCAAGGCGCAACGACCUCACGUCGUAUUGGUGCAGAAGAACGUUUCUGGAUUGGCGUUAGAUUAUUUGAUGAAGGAAGGGAUCGUCGUGGCGAGGAACGUCAAACCGUCUUCGAUUGCGCACGUCGCGAGGUCGACGCAGAGUGACAUCAUUACGUCCAUGGAUAAGCUUGCGCUCGAACCGAGGUUGGGUAGAUGUAUCACCUUUCGCGUGCAGACGUUCGUUCAUCCGCUCAUACCUGGCGCGCGCAAAAGCUUGAUGCGUUUCGAAGGUUGCGCCAAGAAUCUCGGGUGUACGAUCCUUCUCAGAGGGGAGGAUUGGGAGACGUUGCAUAGGAUUAAAGGGGUCGUCGAGAUGAUGGUGUUGGUUGCUUAUGGGGCGAGGCUGGAGGGGUAUUUGUUGAGGGAUGAGUUGUUGGUCGCGACGAGGGAUAGGGCGGGGGAAGAGGAGGAGGAGGCGGAGUGGGUGGAUGUCGAGGAGGAUGAGAAGGAGAAGGAAACGCGAGGACUGGAGAACGACAAGGCCGCUCGACCGACGUCGACGCUGCUCGGACUCGAACGCGAACAAGUCUCCAAGGAGAUCGCCCGCUCUUUACGACCCUUCGCUCGCACCGCGCUCUCCGGCUCGCCCUUCGUGCAUUACCCACCGCCCUACCCUCUCGCGAAGUUGAGUCACGACGAUCGCAAGUUGACCGAAUUGCGUGAUUUGCGCGAGUAUGAAGAGACGGAGCAGAUUCUGGUGGAGGAGGCGGCAUCGAGGGAACGACUUUCGGCAUUUUCGUCGGUCGUUUCGCUGCCUGCGUUGGCCGGUGAAGCAGCGGGUGAAGCGAGUUCGGCAGAGUCGACUUUAGGGUCCGGUGAUGCGGCAACUGGCGCGAGUGCGAUUACGAUCCAUGUCGGGGAUAAGAUCAAGACGAUGGCCCCGCCAACUGUCGUUCCACAUGACCCAACGAGUAUCCUCCAGUCGCCCGAAGAGCUAUCGAGGACGACCGAGAUCGACGAGGCGGAGGCACGACACGUCGAGGACCUGCUCGCUUGGGAUAAGCACCUCAAGACGACUCGAGACAGUCUCGAUCCGGCGCAGCAUCAACACUUGGUCGUGUUGGAGACGUUGGGGUGCACGCAGACGACCAAGUUGUGUCGACAACCUACGCUCAAGUCGUUCACGUUCUACGGGAAGGGGGACGUGUCGUUGGGUCAAUACGUCGAGCGGAUCUGUCGGGAUGCGGGCAAGCCUUGCAGUGUGCAAGGGUGUGGUCGACCCCUUUUGGCGCAUUACGAGACGUGGGUUCACGGGUCCUACCGAUUGACGAUCGUACCCGAGGCGCACCCCGUCGCAUUAGAUCGGCCCGAGCUCGAAGGUCAUAUCGUCAUGUUCGGGUAUUGCAAGAUUUGCGGUACGCGAACGGCCAUGGCUCCGAUGUCACCCGAGGCGUAUCGACUCAGUUUCGCAAAGUACCUCGAGUUGUCGUUCUAUCCGCAUCGACUGCAGAGGACCGAUCAGGUCUGUCAGCAUAAUGGUCAUUCGGAUCAUGUGAGGUACAUCAUGUGUCGUUCCAUCACGUUCACCAUCUCGAUGGAGACGAUCGAGCUCCGCGACGUCGUCGCACCCCCAAGGAUCGUCUACAUCAAACCUGAACGACAAUUGCGUCUACGGAAUGAGGAGUAUUUGACGGUCUUGAGGAAGAGCACCGCGUUCUGGGACUCGAUCGCGCAUCGCAUUCAGUCGUUCAAUUAUGAUCUCGUCCAAGCCGAUCGAUUGGACGAUUGUCGAGCCGCGAUGGCCGAGUUGUUGGCCAAGUGCGAACAGGACCGAAGGUCGAUCUUGAAGGUGUUGGAAUCGACGUACGAACUCGCUCAAUCGACGAAUGGGACUGGGAUGACGAGUGUUCGAAGGGCGUUACAGAACAAGGCCGUCGAUUGGGAGGCGGAAUGGACGGCGUUGGAGCAGAGGAUCAUCCCUACGGAGAAGGACGUGAGGAGGUUGACGACGAUGCAGUUGAAGAAGUUGUUUUCCGUUGAUGAUGUCGCGCUCUCGCCGGAACGGAAGACGACGACGGCUUCUACGUUUUCGAGUGUGUCGAUGGGAGGGAUGGGUGAGUUGGAUGAGAAGUUGGAGUUGGCGAACGAGGGGGCUGAGGGGGCCGAGUUGGAGAGUGUUGCGUCGACGGUCGAAUCGAGUACGGAGACUUCGGCGGAGACGUCGUUGGCUUCUUCGACUUCGACACUUUCGGCUCUUGGCAGGGGUGCGAUGACGUCCGAGCCUGCUCAUUUGGAUACGCCGGCACUCGUGACGCCCGGUUUCGUGACCCCCAUCUCGAAUACUCACCGUCGCAUGUCCAUGACCGACAACGAAAGCGACUCGACCGUCUGCGCCGAUCCACCCCUCACUUUCCGCAUGGGGAAUGCCCACCUUCCUUCGCCUUACAACGUUCGUCUGUCGACGCUCGAGGAUACGAGUGGCGCCGAGAGUGAGAAUGAUCGAGUUCAGCCUGCUGCGUUGCCGAGGCGGACGAGAACGGGUCAGAAUGUCGCCCAUCUUAUUGACUUGUUCGCGGAGGGUCGUUCAGCAUCGCCUGGCGUCGAGAGAGGGAAGAUGGCUCCGGGCUCGUUGGGUCUCAGAGGUGCCGUGUCGACGAGUCCGCCGAUCGAGUCGCCUCGACCUACUUUGAGGAGAGGCGUUUCGGACAAGUCAAGGACGAAGGGCAGGCCGACUUUGAAGGAUGUGCUUUCGGAUGGGGAUGGCAGUUGUGAGUCUGUCCAACGCUUGUAGGAGUUGCGUCAUGAACAUUGACUGACUCUAGCGGUUCGGCGGAUGGUUGCACUCACAGAUGCCCGCAAUGUCGCUGUGUCCCAUUUGUCGAGUCGAUCGGCUUUGGCGGAUCUCAAGACGAGUCGGAUUCCGUCAACUUCUCGCAAGCCUGCGCUCGAGCAAGGUCACUCGAUGCCCAAGCCUGCUACUGAACAACCUCGCAAGCCCUUGUCCUCGAAGCGUUCGCCGCAAAACUCGCGACCUACGAGUCCCCAACAAGCGAUCUUCCCGAACCGAUUGUCGAGUUCACCCACGACGUCGCGUGCGCCAUCGAGGUCAGGCUCUAGACCCGGCCAAAUCACACCUGGGCUUUCGAGGAGGGUCAGCGAUGAUCUGCCUUCAUCUUCUGCGACAGGCUCGAGGUCGUCUUCGGUCAGACCGACGGGUUCGACGCGGUCGAGUUAUAAAGGCAAGGGAAAGGACGCAGCAUCGAAGGAUGAUUCAAGUGAGACGGGUCGAUCGUCGGCUAGAGGAGGUGGAGGAGAGGUCGGGAAAGGAUCUCGGGGGAUCGGAUUGGGCGUCUCACGACCUACGGCAAGCUCGAUCAACAAGACUGCCACACCGACCGGAUCGGGAACGAGCACCGCUCGACGCGUCAUUUCACAUGGUCGACAUGUCGCUCGAAUUCGCAGUCAUUUCGAUCGACUCUCGCGCGAGAACGAUCAAGAGCGUGAGAAGAGGUUCGGAUUCAAGAAGGCACGACCGGUCGGGAAUGUGAGGUCGACGAUCGAGGUGUUUCACAAUGCGCUUGAUGCGGCCAAGGAGGACUCGGAUGAUGAUGAGCAUCAUUCGAGUGCGAGUGAUGGAGCCGAUGAUGAGGACGAUGAUGCGGACGAUGAUGACGAUGCUGAGGACGCCAACCCUCGUGAGGUCGUCCCGACUGCGGCGAAACCGCUUCCGACGACGUUGCAAACCGCUGCCCAGCGGCCCGUGCCGAAUUUGCCUCCUGCGAAACAGAAGAUGGGCAAGCAGCCGAACCUGACCUCGAGUUUCAACGAGUUGGCGCAGUUCGACGUCGGUCUACCCCUCUCGAGCAUGGCCGAGGCGCUUGUUCAGCCCGGCCUUGACAUCUCAGGCGUGGUCGCGGCAUUGGAGGAGGUUCGAUCUAAACGAGAGGAGUCUCCAACUCGCGGCGGUGCGCAAUUCGUCACUGGCAAAUCGGCUUUGUCGUCCGAAGCAGAGAACGCAACGACGACAUCGAUGGCAACGGGCUUGAGUGACUCGGUGCCUGUGCCAAAGAUGUCAGAGGGGGAAUCAAGUGGGACUGAACGAGGGUCCAUCAUCAAAGCCAUCUCGAGUUUGUGGGCCUAUCGUGGCGCCGAUUUCACUCCGCUUGAAUACCCUCUGUGAGUCGUUGUGAUGCGCGUCUGUAGGCUCGCGAUCCCGUCGCUGAUUUUCAACCACUUGCACCCUCACAGGGCUUCGAGCGAACAUCUCUUUGCGGAUAACCCAAUCCUCGUCCGUGAGGAUGAACCCAGCUCCGUGUUGGCGUUUGCUUUGAGGUGGGUCGCGAUCGACUUGCACAGCGGUGGUCUCUGGCUCGAAACUCACAUCUGCGUUCUUCUUUCGGUUGACUCCACAGCUCGAAAGCCUAUCGAGGCAAGCUUGAGGAACAGGCGGCAACGGUCUCGAGGAAAACCGAUGAGGCUUCUGUUCAUGGCGAUGAGGCAUUGCCGCGGAGAGCCCCUGAAGCGCCGGCGGAUCUGGCGACGGUUGAGGACACGCUGCGCAAGCCCGAGGCAAAACAUUUCCGCUUGCGUGAGUACCGGUCAACGCUGAGGGGAAGAGGGCAGAACGAUUGGCUGAGCAGGCUACGCUUUACCUUGAAUAGAAUUCGAAGACAACUCGACGACUUUUUUUUGCAAGAUCUUCUUCGCCGAGCAAUUCGAUGCCCUACGCCGUAACUGCGCGUGUUCGGCUCAGUACAUCGAGAGUCUCGCGCGGUGCGUCAAGUGGGAUUCGAGUGGGGGGAGAUCCAAGGUCGACUUCCUCAAGACGAAAGGUGGGUCUAGCGAGGCUUGGAUGAUGUGGCUAGGGUUCGCGUUGCUGAUAUGGGAUAUGCCGUGCAGAUGAUCGUUUCAUUGUCAAGGAGAUUAGUCGGUUGGAGAUGGAUGCGCUGCUGCGUUUCGCGCCGGCGUACUUUGAUUACAUGUCCAACGCUAUGGCCACAGGGGUGAGUGAUGAUGCGCGACUUUGCGACUAUGGAGUCUGGCACUGAUCCAAAUAACGAGUUUCCGUUCGUACUCACAGCGCCCGACCUUGCUCGCCAAGAUUUUUGGCUUCUACCGCUUGGGGCUCAAGAACCCCACGACGGGCAAGACGAUGAAAUUGGACGUGCUCGUCACCGAGAACCUCUUCUACGACCGCCAACUCGAGCAGGUCUUUGACCUCAAAGGAUCGACGCGUAAUCGUUUGGUGCAAGUGAACAAAGACCGCCCCCACGAAGUCCUGAUGGAUGAGAACCUCGUCGAGAUAUCCCGUCGCACCCCGCUCUACGUACGGGAGGACUCGAAGCGCCUCCUCCAACGCGCCAUCGCAAGCGACUCGAAGUUCCUCGCCGACUUGAACGUAAUGGAUUAUUCGCUCGUCGUCGGCGUCGAUGCCAAAAAACACGAGUUGGUCGUCGGGAUUGUCGAUUUCAUCCGCACGUAUACGUGGGAUAAAAGGAUCGAGAGUUGGGUCAAGGAUUCGGCUUUUUUGGGUGGGGGCUCGAACAAACCGGGGGGUCCGACUAUCAUUACGCCUAAACAGUACAAGACGAGGUUUUGUGAGGCGAUGAAUGGGUACUUCUUGUUGGUGAGUUUGAGAGGGAUUUAAGAGGUGGAAGUGAAGAGCUGUUGGCUGAUCGUGUUGGUCUGUUUUCUAGUCCCCCGACCCAUGGCUGACCGACCUCUCGCUCGGGGUGGGUGGUUCGGCGUGCCAAACCCAGGACAACGAGCAGUAG